AUGGCUUUAAUGUUCAAAAAUGCAAACGAGUUUUGCGAUGUGGUUUCAGUAGCGGCAUUUUGUCCUUUCGAUUCGACGCUUUUAUUAAUAGUAGAAAAUGUAGAGCAUUGGUUACCAGGAGCUAAAGUAUCUCAAGGUCAAGCUUGGGAGAAAGUUAUACGAAAAGAAAUAAAUGAGAUAUUUGGACAAUUACCUAAUGCCGAAAUAAAAAUUUUGAGAAUUUCGAAAUUAUUGAUAUCCAGACACACGUGUCCUUAUUUACUCCAUAUUGUUUUCCAAAUAUUUGUAGAUACACCGACUAAAAAUAAAGCCAAAAAUACUAUUGGAAAGUACCGAGGAAAAUGUCGUUGGGUAGGUUUACCGGAUAUAUCGAAAUUAAUGCAAACUCAUACUCUCCGAAGUCCCGAAUUGGUCGAACUGCUUUGUAUUAUAAAGAAGGAGCAAUUACCCAAUUAUUACAAUGCACCAGAAGAUAUAACGUUCAAUGAAACUCUAUUGGAAACUAACGACGAUAUUUUCGUUAUCGGGAAAAAUAAUACUUAUGCGCAAUUGGUCGAUGCUUCAGGUAUUGACCGGUUAGGUCAAGAGUUAAUUUUGAAAGAAUUUCUAUUGAUGACUUUCCCAGCGGCUUACUUGAACGUAAGGCAGUUUUCAAAGGUAAUGACGGACUUGGGAUGGGAAAAAGGCGCAACUCCAAGCUUAUUUCGGGCUGCCGAUUAUAACAAUAGAUACGGAAUAACUUUUAGAGAAUAUAUUUAUUUUUUGGCCGCCAUAGAUCCUAGUACAGCUCAUGGGGGCCCCGCCGCAGAGAUAAGAAGCCGAUAUAUGUUCAGAUAUUAUGAUAAAGAUAAUGACAAACUACUUAGAGCGGACGAUUUUAAGGGUUUAAUAACAGAUUUGAGGAAAGCUAAAAAGAGUCCAAUUGAUCCUGCUAGUGUUGUUAAGGAAGCUUCGGAAACAUACAACGAUGGUGGCGGACCUUUCAUUCCUAAAACCUCACAAUCGGUAAUGGCAGGAGGACAAGCUGCUCAAGAAAAUACAAGAGGAAAGAUCUCAACAGCAGCUCCAGCUGCACUUAAAACUGAUACUGAUUAUGAAGUAGCUCUACACGCUGUAAAAAUCCAAAGGAGUGGACAAGCACUUAAUAUUGACGAAAUGCGAUUGAUUCAAGACGCCGUAUCUGCGACAACUCUGAAACAACCACUCAACGAACAAGCCAGGAGAUUGUCGAUGGACAUAUUCAGCCAACGUUCAGUUUCGAAUGAAUUGUUGAAAUCGCUUAGAUAUUUAACCAGCAUCAAUAAAAUAAAAGAAGCUGCAUCGGUUUACUCUUGGGGUCAAUUAGAUUCGGCUACAGUAGGAAAAAAUUUGAUUAGCAUAUGUAAUCAAGUCAGGGAAAUAUUCCGGAGUGAAUCGAGAUUGUUGAAUUUACGAUCCCCUGUAUAUAUAAUGGGAGAUCUUCAUGGCAACGUCAACGAUUUACUUUAUUUUGAAAAAGUUUUAUGGCACAUCGGUCCCGGAUUAACGCCUUGUAAUUUGUUGUUUUUGGGAGAUUAUGUCGAUAGAGGACCUUAUAGUAUCGAGGUGAUUGCAUAUUUAUUCUCGUACAAGCUUCAGAGUCCGAAUAAAGUAAAUCUAUUGAGAGGAAAUCACGAAAUACGCGAAGUUCAAAAAAUGUUCACAUUUUACAAAGAAUGUUGCCUCAAAUUCGGCGAGAAAAUGGGACACGAAGUCUGGUCGGCUACGAAUAAUGCUUUCGAUACAAUGCCCAUUGCCGCCGUCAUAGAUGGCAAGAUUUUCUGUUGCCAUGGUGGUGUACCUCCGCCGUGGUUGUGUCCAGUUAUAUCUGCUAUUAACGAUAUACCGGUUCCUCUUAACCAACCUGAUGCGCAAAGUUCAUUAGCUUGGGAAAUAAUGUGGAAUGAUCCUGUUAAACCAAAAACGAUAAACGACAAAUUAGCUAUGGAGCUGUUAGCUAAUGAAGGAUUUGCUGUGAAUACAAGAAGAGGUACCGCGCAUAUCUUCAGUGUCGAAGCCUUAGAAAGAUUUUUGAAAGCCAAUCAAUUAACUCAUUUAGUUCGGGCGCACGAAGUUGCUCAAGCCGGUUUCCAGGUUCAGCAAAAAGGGAAAUUGGUAACGGUUUUUUCUUCUUCAAAAUAUUGUGGUGGGAAAAACGACGCGGCUUGCAUAAUGGCAGACGGAGGAAAGCUCAGAAUCCUCAGAUUAGAAACAACUUGA